AUGUUUCCUCCAGAUCAUUUCACCUCGGACCCAGACUGGGAGGCGUAUGCCACAAAACAUGGAUGUCCACUACCGUCAAACAAUACUUGUCCACCAUUAUCAGAGCCAAUCGAACCAUUGCACUUCGAUGUAAUUCAAGCUCGAGCCAACCAAGCUGAGGACGAUAUCGAAUGGUCCACAGCACAUCCUCUUGAGUCAGUCGGUUACGUAGCAAUCUUGACAACCAUCAAAGUCCGCGAUGGAGCCGAUGUCAGCAUUCGGAUCUCACACCCCAAUACUACUCGUCUCCGCCAAAAACAACCUACUGCUCCUCUGCCAUUACUUUUCGUCACACAUGGAGGCGGUUGGCUGCAAGGAACCCAUAUCUCAGAGGAGGCAUGGCUCCUGUGGCAUCUAUACAAACAUUUCGAGCUCGCAGUUGUCAGUGUUGAGUACCGUCUUGCUCCAGAAUACACGUUCCCAGUCUGGAUCGAAGAUUCUUGGGAUGUUCUUGAAAAUCUUCUAUGUUCUGAGAAGUCCCAAAUUUCGACCCUUGAAGUUGACCUCGAUCUCCAAAAAGUUUUCCUUGCAGGCUCCUCAUCAGGGGCAGGAAUCAGUGCUGCGCUUUCUCAGAUGUGUCGUGAUAAGAACAUCCCGAUCUCAGGCGUAAUUCUCAAUGUCCCUGUGGUAUGCGACUACCGUCACUUUCCAGCCGGGUACAGCGCCGAAGGCCAAAUCGGAUCCUAUAGGCAAGCUGUCGAGACCUACAGUUCUGGCGCUAUGGUUAUGGUUUGGAAUACGAUCCAGCCAUCUGAACUGUCUGGGGCUGAUUCGAUGGUUUCGCCGUUGCUCGGUGACCUGUCAGAUCUCCCACGGCACAUGGUGUUUGUGGCAGGUCAAGACGCGCUGCGUGAUGAAGGCAUAGCAUAUGCGACAAAAUUGAAAGAAGCAGGGGUGUCGGUUCAGUUGGAGAUUUUCAAGGGUGUCCCUCAUCAUUUCGCGCAAAUUUUUGAGUUAGAGGCAACGGCUCGAUUUCAGAAGAUCUUUAGAGAAGCUUUGGAGGACUGGUUGAAAUCUGAGUAG